UUUCGGUCCUCUAAGUCAGAUGUGUACAAAAAGUUCUACCUCGUUUUAAUUGAAAAUGGCAGUCUCUUUGAUGAUUUUCAUUGUAACCUUGCUCCUGAUUGGUCAAGUGUUUACCCAAGAUGCAAUAGUAUUUUACAGUGUCAGGGAGGAACUUCCUGUUGAUACUUAUAUUGGCAGUAUUGGUCUGGACAGCAAACUAUUCUCAAACAUUACCACGGAUCGAUACAAUGACCUCCAAUAUAGAAUUUCUACUGAAAUAAGCAACACUGCAACAUAUUUUAAAAUUGAUACAAAUGGUCUUUUGUUUAUACGUAAUAAAAUUGACAGAGAAAAUAUCGAAUUUUGCGAUGAUGACUGUUUUCUAGAAUUCAAUGUUAUUGUCUAUGAAUUAGUGGAACCAACCUAUCUUAUAAAAGUUCAAAUUGAAGUUCAAGAUAGAAAUGACAAUGCUCCAGAAUUUCUGCCAAUCGCAAGUCCAGUUCAGGUUCUGGAAUCCCUUAGUGUUGGUUCAGUUAUCAUAACCGGAGCUGCAAUUGAUCUUGAUCAAGGGAAAGAUAACUCUGUUCAAACUUAUCGUUUAAAGCCGGACUAUGGCAUAUUUAAUCUCACUGUAAUGGACAAUAUGGAUUUUCAGAUCCGUCUGACUAAAUCCUUAGACAGAGAAACAGAGCCAUUUUAUCAAAUUGUCGUAUUUGCAAUGGAUGGCGGUGACCAACCACUGACAGGAACAGUAACCAUAGAUAUUGAAGUAACUGAUGACAAUGAUAACGCGCCUAUAUUUUCAGAACAACUUUACAACAUAUCCGUGUAUGAAAACGUGGCUGUAGAUUCAGUAAUACUUAAACUAUCUGCCAAUGACAUGGACGAAUAUGAUAAUGGAAAAGUUUCAUACAAAUUCAGCAAUCGUAUCUCAAAUAAAAUAUCUGAGCUACUUCGCGUUAAUUCAACAAGUGGUGAAAUUUACACGAUUGGUGUGUUGGAUUUUGAAACGGAUAAAGAGCUUAACCUUCAAGUGGUGGCAUACGAUCAUGGAAUCAUUUCAAAAUCAUCAACAGCGAGCGUAAUUAUUAAGAUUAUGGACAUCAACGAUAAUGCACCGAUUAUCAAUUUAAACGGGAUACAGGAAGUGCUAUCUGAGUCUUCAAGUAUCGGACAGUUUGUUGCUCACGUUGAAAUUAAGGACCUUGAUUCUGGUAUGAAUGGAAAAGUUUUUUGUAAUGUUUUCGACAAUUUUUUCAAGCUUGAAACAAUGGGUAGUGAAAAUUAUUACAAAAUCGUGUUGAACCGGACAUUGGAUCAUGAUAGUAAGGCAUAUCACAAUGUUACGAUUUUAUGUCAGGAUCUCGGCGACUUACCGAAACAAACAUUUGCGAGUUUCUUUGUUCAAGUAAGGGAUAUUAAUGACAAUGCCCCAGUAUUUACAGCAUCAGUUUAUGCAAUAUCGGUUGUUGAAAAUAACAACAAAGGUGCUUCUAUUAUCAGUAUUUUGGCAAUAGAUAAAGAUAGCAGUCUUAAUGGACAGGUUUAUUACUCGCUCCAUGUAGAAUCGCAAGGACUGUUUGUUGUCGAUUCGACUACAGGGCUCAUUAGUGCAAACGUUAGUCUAGAUCGUGAAACUCAUGGGGAAGAAAGUAUAUUUCGAGUGUUUGCCACCGAUAGAGGGGAACCAGCACAUACUGCUACUGGGACAGUGGUCGUGAAUAUUCUUGAUUUGAACGAUAAUGAUCCAAAAUUCAGUAGUGACCCAUUUUAUCUGGAUAUUCUAGAAAAUCAACGAGUUGGAUCAGUUGUAGGAAAUGUGUCCGCCUCAGAUCCAGAUGCUGCUUUAAAUGGAACAUUCUAUUUUAAAUUUCCGGAAGAACCGAAUAUCCAGGAAUACUUUGAAUUUCAUGACUCUGGGGUUAUUAAAACAAAAAAGAUGCUUGAUCGUGAGUCAAUUAUGAUACAUGAAUUUUAUGUACAUGCAGUCGAUAUGGGUGGGCGAACUAGUUCUGCUCUUGUUUUUGUAAAUGUUAAAGAUGUAAACGAUAAUGUUCCGGAAAUAAUCUACCCCAAUGAGUAUGAUAACACUAUCAGCAUCCCAUUCACACUUAAAGAAAAUUCUGAGGUAAUUGAAAUUGAUGCAAGGGACUAUGACAGUGGUGUGAAUUCUAAACUUUAUUAUUUCAUUGACGAGAAUAAUGCAAGCUAUGCAUUUAAUAUAGACAGUAAAUCGGGAAAAAUGUUUUUAAACAAAAGUUUACAUCAAAAGGAUGUUGGACAAACAUUAAGAUUUAAAAUACGUGUAAAAGACGGAGGUGCACCGCCUUUAGAAUCUUCGAUAGAUUUAUAUAUUCAGGUCAUAGACGGCCCACUUGCUGCCUCUGUAAAUUUUAACUUGUGGAUUGUGAUCGGAAUUAUAAUUUUCACAGCAGUUGUUUCUGUGAUUAUGAUUAUCAUUAUCGUUAAAAUUUGCUGGUGUAACAGACUGAAGUCCUCGACAGGAAGUACGUCAGAUAUCAUCAUGGAAUCAAAUGAAGUUGAUCCCCGACUUAUAGAUUCCUCAUCGUCUGCUUCAACUUCAUCGAAAGAUUCAAAUGGAAAUGAAAAGAUUAAGGACGAAAGUCUUCAUAUUCAAGAUGGCUACCAGAAAGGUUACUACAAUAAUCUAGACGAGACUGGUUACUUUACGAACUCAAGUUUAAACUCAAUCGACAAUCAGAUGUAUAUAGAACAAGUUAAACAGUUUGGUUACGAGCUUCAGAAGAAAAUAGAUGAGACAAACAGUGAUAACUCUGGUGAGAUAGGAACCAGGGACAGUGGUCAAGGUGGUAGUGAUGUUGAUAUUAAUAGCCUGACAGAGUUACCUGUCCUUGAUAUUCCAGAAAGUCCAAACGGCAAUUUUUUGCCUCCGCCAUGUGCAGAUAUCAACAGUGAAUACAUAGAUGGAAGUGGACAUAGAAACGACUUUUACAAUGACAAGUUACCUCCCUUUACUCAUCAGACAUAUAUUGAAAACUCUAUAAAUAGUAACAGUGACAGUGAUCAGUCAUUUUACCCUAGAACUGCAGUCAGUUUUUGUAAUUAUCCUACAAAAACUGCAGAGAGGAGAGAAAUCUCAAAGUUGCGAAAAAGUCAAAAACGGGUCAUGUUUAGUGAUGACCUUGAAAACUCACAGUCAAGUGAAAGGUCAAAUAUUUUAUCAACAUAUUCAAACUCUGAUGUAGGUCAAAGUAGUGAAUCAAUUUUAAAACCGCGUAAAUUUCAUCGAAUGCUCAGUGAGGACAUUACAAGUUCAACGGGUCAAAUUAAUCGUGGUAACGAUUGGUUAAGACGUUCUGCAGAUAGUUUCGCAAGACGGCCAAAUAACGACAAAAUAUACAAUCAGUUACCUAGCAACCAGAUCAAAUUUGGAACAGGAAAUGACUUUAGAAAUAGGCCAAUGGGUAGCAAUAUUAAAACAUAUUUAGAAAAAGUAAUGGAAAAAUCAAAAUCGAGUAGUUCAAGUGAUAGUAAUGUGCCAAAAUGGUCGGAAAGUGAUACCGUAUAUUCAGUUGACACAUUAAUGUCGGAUUCUACAUACAGAGAUAGUGACAGUAUUAUGACAUCGGGAACGUAUGAUUUGAAUUCAAUUAAUCUUGCCAGUCCGUCAUUUUCAGAUGAUGCUUUUUCAAGAGACAUUGAAAUAUAAAUAUGUUAAUAUAUAUUGUCAUAAUAUUUAAGU